AUGCUUCGCUCUCUGGGACGACGUCUGACCAAGCAGGUCUGGCUGCGCAUCCUGCAGCAGGAGACAGAUUCGCUAUCGGUCUGGAUAACCUUUGCCACGGCUUUCCCCGACAUGCUAGAAGAGUAUCCGGUGUAUAGUUGUGAAAUUGAGUUCGGUGAUUUGGGCAAAAUUGAAGUCCCGGGCGCCUUUCCUUUGGUAGUGAUGCUUUCCCAUCUUACUCGAUCAGCUAUACAUGCAAUAGUCAAGCUACCCAAUCUGGCCAUGCUGGAUUUGAGUUCCUGUACCCUGUCAGUUGACGGAUUACGGGCCUUGGAUCAAGCACUGCAAUACGGAAAAUUACAAGAUCUGCACGCAUUAUCUCUUCCGCUUGCUGGUCGACCUUCCGAGAAACCUCUAUUGGCAAAACUACAUCUACCGGAAGCCUUGAGUUAUUUAGAAUCCCCAGUGCCCAGAGACGGCUGGAAAAGGUGUCGAACAAAGCAGAUCAAACCCGCAGUGAUUUUAAAUUUUGGCGCCAAUGCCACUAAAAGGGCAAAGGCAUAUGGCAGGUAA